AUGGGUCUUAUCGAGAAACUGCAGGCUCGCCUUGAGCUCUACCGCUUAGAGCAGCGCUACACACGCCGCGAGAAGCGCUCAACCUUCAUCAGCGAAGCACAGUAUGUCGACGGCGAGUAUGUCUACAGCUCGUCGCCCUCUUCCUCGACAAAGUCGGCCGGCACAAGCAAUUCCCGCCGCUUCAGCAAAAUGCCCUCCAUGCCUGCUGUGCGGAUAAAGGAGCUAGCCCGCGCUGGCACCGGCCGCUCGUGA